GAUUUGUUUGCUUACAUGUCAGGCUGCUAGGUUCUAACAACUUAUUUUUAAUAGUACAAGCUGGUAUGUAGGCCUAGUUGAAAAAGUUACAAUGUUAACAACAGACAGACAGACAGACAGACAGACUCGUGCUGCUCAGUAAUUGACACGAUCACAACAAAUAGAAGCGCGUGCAUGACCCCAGUGACCUUGUGACGACCUCGGUCAUGCACGGGCCAGGUGUUCUGUGGCCCAGACAGAAUGCAUUCCUGUCUGGAAUCUUUAGACGAUUCUCCUAUAAAUAGAUCGGUGUGAUGAUGGAGGACACACACCUGACUCAAGACGGAUACGAUGCAGUCCCCUUCUUUGACCGAACGCGAGAAGAGCCUCCCCGCAGCUGACGGCUGCUUCAUCAUGUGGCGAGACUAUAUGGAUCUCCGCAGGACUCUGUCGCAGCUUCUGGAGCAUCGGGAUGAAGCACGCGCCUCCGCUGAGGACGGGACACCCGGGGAGGGUCCGAUGAGAGCCGGCUCCACCAGCAGCGCCUCCAGCACCUCCGCCUCCUCCAGCCGUGACCUGCGCACCCCGCGAGACACCUGCGGAUUCUGCAGACAAAACGGAGAGACGGCGCUGGUUUACACGAGUCACAGGCUGAAGGCACGAGACGGACGGAUCCUCUGCCCGAUCCUGAGGAGCUACGUGUGCCCGUUCUGCGCCGCCACCGGGGACUGGGCGCACACGCGCCACUACUGUCCGCGGAGAAACACACCGGGGACCAGCAACAUGUGAAUCAAUGCACUCGCGCACUUCUGUUCACCUGAAGACUGUAAGCCUGUGUUCGAAGUAGCCUAUGUUGUGAAAAUAUGUUCAGAAAAAGUUGUUUGCAUGGUAAAGUUUGAAACGAGUUUUUAUGUUUUUUUUUUCAAAAUAAAAAUAUUUUUCUAGUGCACC